CCCAUCGGUCGACCGCGGUUCACCGCCGAACGGCCGGUAGCCGGGUACGGGCCCCGGCGGUGGCCGUACGGCGGCCGGUCGCCGGCCACGACCGGGCGGGUCCCGUGGGUGGGGCGGCGCCGUCCGCCGCCCUCCUGGCCGUGGGCGAGGGUUGAGGGCAGCAGCCGCGGCCGGCCGGCGCCGGUGCCCAGCGGCGGGGUGUUCCCGCUGUACGCCGGCUGGCGGCCGGGCGUCCGCUGGCCGGCGCCUCCCCCCCCCGGCCAUUUUCCGCUCUACUCGCACUGGUACCGGCCGACCGUGGUGGCGUUGCCGGGCGGCGCCAUGCCGCUGCCGGAUCGGACGCAGUGGCCGCGUCCAGCCGUCGCCGUGGCGACCAGCGAGCAGACGUCGGCGCCGGGCGAGCCGGACUCGCCGCCCCUGGACGCCGACUGGCCGUGGCCGGCCGUGGCCAUGGCGAACGGAGGCGACUCGCUAGUGGUGACCGGCUUCGGCCGCAGCUCCGGCGCUAUGGCGACCGCCGCCGGCCGUAACAACUGGCCACCCGUGGCUUCGGCUACGGCCGGCGGCUCCGCCGACCGGGGCUCCUUCUCGCGCGCCUCGUCUGGCGGCUUGAACCUCUUCUUCCAAGACGACAAGUUCUGGAGUGAGCCUGCGUUCUUGCGAAUGCCGCCGGGCGCCGGCGGCGCCGCCGCCGAGCCACCGUCGGGGCGGACAUCGCCGCCGCCACCGCCGCCGCAGCCGCUGCCGAUGGUGCCGCCACCGUUGCCGACGUCCGAGCGCCCACCGGCCGGAGACGGAGGAGCGCCGAGCGAGGGCUCCGGCUCGGCUACGGAGGACCAGAGCACCACGGGCCCGUCGCCGGCGCAGGACGGCGCCUGAGGCGGCAGCCCGAGCCAUCGGCGCCGAGCGGCGCUCUGGCGGUGCUCCCACACCGACCCCUGGUAACUGUCAGCGGGGCGUGGUCAGCGGACCGUCCGGCGCGCUCGCCAUGUGGUGUUUGACGACUUGUCAAGUAUUACAGCAUAUACCAUGCCUUCGCUCUAAUAAAUCUCGGAUGAUGACUUUCCACAAUUAGACAAU